AUGAGUGAUUAAAUCAUAAUUAAAAAAAGAAAAGGAGAAUAUAUUGAACAGGAAGGAAAAGUGAUCAAUGUUUAAUUAAAUUCAUCAGGUCAAACUAUUUUGAAUCUGAAAAAAGAGAUUGCUAAAAUUAGUAUAAUUUACUUAUAUUAAGCUAAAAUCAAACCAAUAAGAUAAUGGCUGACUACAGAAGAUAAAUAGAGAGUUUUUGAAAAUAAUGAAUUACCUUUAAAUCUCUCAGGAAUUUAGAAUGGUCAAACUUUAGUAGUGAAGGAUUUGGGCCCUUAAAUGCUUUGGGGUGCAGUUUUUUACAUUGAAUAUCUUGGACCAAUUUUAAUGUUCUUUAUGCUUUACAAAUUAGGUAAUUAAGAGAAUUACACAUUUAUGCAAAAGUAAUCAUUUUCAAAAAUCAAUUAUAGAACAGCUUAUUGGAUGGUGAUUUUACACUUCAUUAAAAGAAUUUUAGAAACAAAAUUUGUUCAUGUCUUUAGCAGAAAUUCGAUGCCCCUAAAAAGGGCCUUCAUCAAUUGUUUGCACUAUUGGAUAUUUUGUGGAUUUUUUAUUGGAAUUGAACUUUUCUAUUUAAGAAGCUUUUCUAAACUUUAGUCUUGGAAAUAUAUUUUUGUUGGAUUUUUUGGAUUGUUUGAAUUUUUGAAUUUAAUGUGCCACAUAAGGCUUUCAAGUUUUAGAAAGAAACCCGAAUUAAAGUAAAGCGAUGGCAAUUAUAUUGCUUAAAACAAAUAAAGAUAAAUUCCAUUUGGUUGGGGUUUCGGAGCAGUAUCAUCGGCUAAUUAUUUCUGGGAAACAAUGGCUUGGGUCAGCUUCUCAUUAUUUACUUGUUCAUAUGCAGGUAUUCAUAGUUAUAUUCAAUAGCUAUUGCAUUUACAAUUUUUUCUUUUGGUUAGAUGCUGAUUUGGGCAAAGUAAAAGCACAAGCGAUAUAUUAAGGAGUUCGGGGAUAGAUAUCCAAGAAAUAGAAAAGCAAUGGUGCCUUACAUUAUUUGAUGAUAUCAUAUAAUCAG